ACUGCUCAAUGGAACAAGCACUAUAAAUACGCGUAUCCAACUCGUCAUAUUCAACAACACUACUGCAUCUUAUUAGUAUAACAUCAAUCUAGCUAGUUUGCAUCUAGAAAAUACUAUUCAACAUGAAUCCUGCUUCAAACCCGGAUGCUUAUGGAAAACCAAGUGGUCACCAAGCUCAGCACUCGUCGAAUGCUCCUACCUCCUGGUCCACCGGCCUUUUCGACUGCUUCUCCGAUGUUCCCAACUGUUGUCUAACAUUUUGGUGCCCCUGUGUUACUUUUGGACAAGUUGCGGAUAUCGUAGAUAAGGGAACAUCUACUUGCACUACGACUGGAGCUCUGUAUGCACUUCUAGUGUUUGUAACAGGGUGUGGAUGCUGUUAUUCAUGCUUUUAUCGUACUAAGAUGCGAAACCAGUACAUGUUGACCGAAAGCCCUUGUCCGGAUUUCCUAGUCCAUUGUUGUUGCGAGUCAUGUGCGUUGUGUCAAGAACACCGUGAGCUUCGCCUCCGUGGUUUUGACAUGUCUCUUGGCUGGGAAGGGAACAUGGAAAAACAAAACCGCGGAGUGGCGAUGGCACCAAAAUUUGAAGGAGGAAUGAACAGAUGAAGCUAGAAAAGCCAAUUAAUUGUCUGCAAACUUCAUAUUUAUGCUUGAUUUCUGUAUAUUGGUACAUACAACAAACACCUUUGUUGUAUUCUAUUUCUUUUUUCAGAGAGUGUGAUAUAUUUUCGUAUAUUUACACAUUUGUAAAACUUCAUUAUCUAUGCUUGAUUUCUGUAAUUUCUGUAUGUGGAUUGUACAAUAAACACCAUUGUUUGUAUCCUUCUUCCUUUUCUUUUGUAUUAGAGUGGAGGUGAUUUUACCAGA